CGUGCGGCCGCCGGGCCCCGCGCCGGGGCGCUCAGUGUCGCCGGAGCCGCGCACCGGGCGGGAGGCAGCACCGAGCGGCGCCGCGCCGCAGCCGCGGCCCCGGGCCCUAGCGCCGCCCUCCCCCCCCCCGGGAACCGGGCAGCCGCCGAGCCGGUGCCGCCGCGCCCGCGGGGAGGCCGCGCCGCCCGCCAUGGAGCGCUGAGCCGCGGCCGCCCCUGCGCCCCGGGCCGCCGGGCACCGAGCGCCGCCGCACAAAGGAGGAGGAGGAGGAGGAACCGCGCCGCGAUGGCCCCGCCGCCCGCCGCGGCUUCCGCCUGCUGAACCGGCUUGGUUUCGCCUUUUUUUUUUUUUAUUAUUAUUUUUUUUUCCGCUUUGCCGCUUUUCGGAUCUCUCUCGCCGCCGCCGCACGCUGGCCGCGCGGGGGGCGGCGCGGGCCGCCGGCGGGGCGCGGGGCCGGGGCCGGGCGGGCGGCCGGCAGCGCCCCGCACCGCAGCGCCCGGAGCCGGCCCGGAUCCAGCUCUGACGCGGCGGCGGCGGCGGCGGGGCCCGCCGGGACGCCCGGACCAUGUUGGCGUGUCUGCAGCGGACCCAGAACCCGCCGGCCCAGCACCUCGCCUGUCCCAGCAAGAGCCUGGAGCCGCGCAAGGGCGAGCCGGCGGCACCCAUGCAUUCCCCGCGCUACCCCAGCCCCGCCGAGCUGGACGCCUACGCACAGAAGGUGGCUCACAGCCCGCUGACCAUCAAGAUCUUCCCCACCAACAUCAGGGUCCCCCAGCACAAGCACCUUAACCGGACGGUCAACGGGUUCGACACCGCGGCGCCGCGCUACAGCCCCUACCCGCUGCACGCCGGCGGCUACCAGGGGCUGCUGGCCGUCGUCAGGGCCUCCGGCAAGGGCGUCCUGAAGAGCGCGGAGGGGAAGCGGACUAAGCCGUCGCCCGCCCAGGUCGGCGUCGCUCCCUACCCGGCGUCAAGCACUUUAGCGCACGGGCCCUCCUGCGCGCCGCAGCUCGCCUACCGCGGCGGUCACAAGGCCGCGGAGACGCCCGGCACGGCCACGGCCACGGCAACCGCCGCCUCGGUGCUGCCGCCGGCCGCCCGGGGCCUGGCGCUGCCGCCCUCCCACCUGCCCUCCAUCCAGAGCAUCCUCUACCAGCUCAACCAGCAGUGCCAGGCGCCGGGCGCCCACCCCAGCCCCGCCGCGCACGGCCCCUUCGCCGCCAUGGCCGCCUACGCCGGCGCCGCGCCGCCGGACUGCCGCAAGGGGCCCAAGGGCUACGCCGACGGCACCGACUACCCGCUCUGGCCGCAGAAGCCGCGGCCGCCGCCGCCGCGGGGCUACGCCGGGGCCCUCAGCAAGUCGCCCGAGAGCUGCGCCGGCGCCGCGCGCCCCUACGGCCCUCCCGGCGCCGCCGACAAGGUGAGCUCGUCCCCCCUGGACUGCCUGCACGGCGGCUUCGCCGCGGGGCCCUGCUUCGCGGCGCCCUGGAACAGCAGCGCGCUGGUGACGCCCACCAGCGACGGGUACGGGGCGGCGGAGCUGGGCGCGGGGCCGCGGGAGCCGCCGGAGCCGCCGGCCGAGGCGCCGGCCAGCAAGACGCGCGGCAACGCCUCGGUGCUCAGCAGCAGCCUGCAGUCGCUGGAGUAUCUCAUCAACGACAUCCGCCCGCCCUGCAUCAAGGAGCAGAUGCUGGGCAAGGGCUACGAGACCGUGGCCGUGCCGCGGCUGCUGGACCACCAGCACGCGCACAUCCGCCUGCCCGUCUACAGAUAGGCGCCGCGGCCGCCCGGCACGCUUCUCGGGAGCUCAGAAACCGUUUUAUCUCCACGAAUGUGAACAGGGAAUCGCUACACGUUGCUGCUAUCCGGGGGGAGCGGGCGCGCGGGCUGGGGGGGGGGGUCCGGCCGGCGGAGCGCUCGGAUGCCGCAGCGGCGCCCGCCCGGACCCGCCGUGCCGGGGCGGCUCGGCUGCGGCCGUGGCUUUAGUUGGAGUCCGUAACUUGCACUGCUUUGGUUAAAGCUCAGAAUUGGGGACAGUCUGGAGGCUAUUUAAGAAAAACACUUGAAAACUUGAACAGAUUUAUUUUUUCCCCCCCCUCGGUUGGCCGCGCUGCAGCGCAUCUCCGCGCCGUUCCCCGCGGCUUCCCGCGGGACCGCUGCUCCCCGCCAUCCCCGGGGCUCUGUCUUUUCUUUCUUUCUCUUUUUCCGCCGUCGGUUAAACCUUGGUUCUGUCUGGAGGCCGCGGCCCGCCGUCGGGCUGGGCUGUGCUCCGCGCCCUUUCCCUUCUUUUCUUUUAAAACGGUUCAGAAAUGCUCAUUAUGGUCCGUUACUCAGUACGUGUAAUUAUGUGUUUAAUAGAUUUAUUCAUUUGAAAAAAGCUCUGCAUCACAGGAAAUACAAAGCGUUUUGGUGUUUAAAGGAGAACCCCCCACCCCGAUGAACCCCAAGGUGAUUGUGCGCCGAGGAGAGGUACUGUACCCCGAAAGGCCUGUUCAAGCACUAAGUGCAUUUACAAAUCUCUGAGAAUGUUUUUUUUUAUACUAAAAUCGACCAUUAUAUUCUACUGUGAGAAGUGCUGUCCGCACUAUAUUGUUUUAAAAACGAGAGAAAACAGCGAAAAAAAAAAAAAACGACCACGAGACCUGCCAGCUGUGUGUCCGGAUGGUGUUUUUCCCAAAGUAAAAGCAGGCUGCCAUUGCA